CCUUCGAAAUUUCGAACAGGUAUAACGAUUAAACAAACCCACGAGGCCUCUUUUUCCUAAGAAGAACAGCCCACACGGCCCCUCGAAGAGGCAGCCAGAGAGAGAGAGAGAGAGAGAGAGAGAGACCCAAGAUCAACAACAAUGGCGAUCGCCUUCUGCUUCAACCCCUCUCUCUCUGCUUUUUCCAAUCCAAACCAUCCGUAUUCCUCCUCCUCAUCGUCAUCGUCAUCACCACUCCUGCACCUCCGCAUCGCCGUAUCACCCCCAACUCCCAUCCUCCGCCACCACCACCCGACGCUCCCGGUCCUCCACGCAGUGUCUGCCCCGAGCGAUGCAGUGCUUGCCGGCGGCGGCGGAGACGACCACGGCAACAGCAGCAACAACAACAACAACGGCGGGAACAACGGCGGGGACGGAUGGGGGGAAGCGGAGAAUGCUGGGGACAAGAACAGGGAGGAGGCGCUGAUGGUGCUUGCGGGGGCUGGGAGGGUGCUCGAGAGUCUGCCGAAGGACUUGAAAUCCGCGAUCGAGGCCGGGCGGUUGCCGGGGGCGGUGGUGGAGAAGUUCCUCGAGCUCGAGAAGUUCGGGGUUCUCCGUUGGCUCAUGCAGUUCGGGGGGUUCAAGGAGCGCCUCUUGGCCGACGACCUCUUCCUCGCCAAAGUUUUUAUGGAGUGCGGCGUCGGGAUCUUCACCAAGACUGCUGCAGAGUAUGAACGCAGGAGAGAGAAAUUUUUUGAUGAGCUGGAAAUUGUUUUUGCAGAUGUGGUAAUGGCCAUAAUUGCAGAUUUUAUGCUUGUUUAUCUUCCUGCCCCUACUGUUGCUCUCCGACCACCACUUGGAACCAGCGCAGGAGCAAUUGCCAAGUUCUUCCAUAAUUGCCCAGAUAAUGCAUUCCAGGUUGCCCUUGCUGGAACAUCAUAUUCAUUUUUACAGAGAUUUGGUGCAAUAGUGGGGAAUGGGACAAAGCUUUUUGCAGUUGGCACUGCUUCAUCACUGGUUGGCACAGCUGUUACAAAUGCCUUGAUCAAUGCAAGAAAGGCUGUUGAUAAGGCUGCUGGAGUUGAAGUUGAAAAGCAAACGUUGCCUAUACUGUCCACCAGUGCUGCCUAUGGUGUCUAUAUGGCGGUUUCUAGCAAUCUCCGAUACCAAGUUCUAGCUGGUGUAAUUGAACAGCGGCUUUUGGAACCCUUGCUACACAAGCACAAGCUUAUGCUGGGUGCCAUUUCCUUUGCUGUCCGUACCGGCAACACAUUCUUGGGCUCAUUAUUGUGGGUGGAUUAUGCUCGAUGGCUCGGACUACAAUAAUGCUCGGGAGCAAAAGAGCGGCCGCAAUUCCGUAUUUCAUUGUGAAAUUUGGAUUGGUUUUGGUCCAUCAUAAGGCCAUUCAUAAAUUGGGUAAAUUGGCACCAAUUCAGUUCACCAAAAAUUUGGUUCCCACUAUGCUUAGGUCUUUUUGGAUAUUUAUACACACAUCGCAAAACUGUUCAAGCUGAGCUGACAGUUUGUAUUUUAUACUCUUUUUCCCCUUAUAUUCCAACUUUUUUUUCUUUAA